UACGAGCUUUUAAGAUGCAUUAUCGUCGUCGAUUUUAUAGAAGUCUUUUGGAGGGUUAUGAAUUAGGGGUUCCAAAUCCAGCAAAAAUAAAUGUGUUAGAUGCAAUGAAUCUUGCAAUUUCAGCAUGGACUAUGGAUGUUCGUGCAAAUACAAUUGCAAACUGCUUUCGUCAUUGUAAACUUCGAUCAACAGAUAAUAUGACUUUUGAGAACUCAGAUGAAGGUGGUGAAAGCACUCAAGAACUCAAGAAUUUGAUCAAAGAGUUGGGUUAUCGCAAUGCAAUGGAUGUCGAAGAUGUUCUGACUUACCCAAAAGAAAAUGUAGUUGCACAGUUGUUGACUGAUGAAUAAAUUAUUGAAAGCGUUAUUGGAAUUAAUAAAGAUGAUAUCGAUGAAGAAGAUGAUGAAAGUUCUACAAUGGAGCCCCCUUCGCGAAACGAAGCUAUUAAAGCGCCAAUCACAUUGAACAAUUU